AUCUCAACAACGAUGAGCGUAUUAGUAGUGUAGUGCUUGAAGUCUGAGUAAUAUACCGGCCGGCAAGCACGCAUUCAGUAUCUAGCGACUUUUCGUGCAGUGUAAUUCAGAAAAUUUUUUUUUCGGGAGCACGUUCAUCAUCAUUCUAUUGUUGGCGCUUUCAUUAAUUAUUUCUAUUAAUUAUUUACAUAAUCAAUAAAUAAAUAACAAUGACCGUGGCAACAGAGGUUGAAAAUAACACGACGGUAGGAGAAAAAGAAGAUAAAGAAGUGAAAGAUAUGAAAGCAGCAUUGAACGAGGAGACGCCGCCAGAUAAUAAGCAAGGAGAAGAUGAAAAACCAACGGAGAAAAUGGAGAAUGAAAAGAAAGAAGAUGCUGCUGAUGAAACGACCAAUAAAUCUGUCUCAGUGCAUAAAGUUAAUUAUGAAAAGGAUGUUGUAUAUCUGUAUCAAUUUUCUCGCACUCCAGUAAUACCAUCUAUUUCGCCCUUCUGUCUCAAAGUGGAAACAUGGUUGCGGCUUAACGACAUUAAAUAUGAGAAUGUGGAUCAUAAAAUGAAAUUCCGCUCGAAGAAAGGCCAAUUGCCUUUUAUUGAACUUGACGGCGUUGAGAUAGCUGAUAGCGCAAUUAUCAUGCGAGAAUUGAGCCAAAAAUUCCACAAAGACUUGGAUGCUAAUCUGACUAAUGAACAACGUACCAUAUCUCACGCAAUGAUCUCCAUGAUUGAAAAUCAUCUGGUGUGGGUGGUUUCUUGGUGGCGCGCCAAGAACACAGACGCUGUUUUAAAGGGGUAUCGAUUUAAUUUACAAAAUGCUUUGGGAACACGCAUACCCAAUGGAAUCCUUAAUUUCUUUUUCAAGUUCACAUAUGGACGAAAGUGCGCAAAGAAAGUGAAAGCUCAAGGAAUGGGGGUCCAUACCAAUGAAGAAGUAGCUCAAUUCGGUUGUGAUGAUCUUAAAGUUCUCUCCGAUUUAUUAGCUGAUAAACCAUUCUUCUUCGGCGAUGAACCCACUAAACUCGAUGUCGUUGCGUUUGCACACCUCGCACAAAUUUUGUACAUUGAAAAAUCCGUACCUUUUGCACUCAGAGACUAUAUGCAAGAUCACUGCCCCAACUUGGUAGGACACUGCUCACGCAUGAAGGACAGGUGCUUUCCAGACUGGGAUGAGAUCUGCAAUUCGCUAGAUAUGAAUACCCACUUGCCGAAACCGCCAAAGGAAGAAACUAAAGACGGCAAAGAGGAAAAGAAAGAAUCAAAAGAAUCAAAGGAAGGUAAGGAUGGUGACAAAGAAAAAGUUAAAGAAGAAGAGAAGGAAGUUGAAAAAGAUAAAGAGGUAGAUGAAAAUAAGGAAAAAGAAGAAAGAGGCGAGGAAAAAUAAGUGGUUAGUUCGCUGUUCAGACGCGAUGACUAAAAUCAAUGAUAAAGUUUUAAAAAGAAAAGAA